GAAAUCUGUAACCAGUCAUGUAACUGUGAACUUUGGAAACAACACACGGUAACAUUCUUACCAGAGGCUGUUGUGCCUAAAGUGUUAAUUCCAGUGUCGGGAGGGUUUGUGGCCGCUCAGCCAUCUUACUCCUGUUGGUACUUGUCUUGUCAGCAGAAGCCAGUACUUGCCCAUUCAGUUCUUUACUUUGAAGUAUUAGAGUGGAAUAAAAAUAUUAACACCUUGUACCAGCUUUCACGAACUCUGUUUAACAUUGGACGAUUUAAACGAGGCCUCAUGCUUUCUGUGGCUUUGUUCUGCCAGGAUGUCAUGUUGCUCCCUCGUCUAGUUCAGCAGGGCAGGCAGGUCCACUUCCAGGCCAUCUUGAUCUCUACAUUAACUUCAACAUGAGGCACCUUAUCAUUGUCACCCUUCAUUUCCUGAUCCAAAAGAAAAUAGUUUAAAAUGCCACAGGUUACUUGGUUUUUGCAUCUGGAAUAUGAUAACUUAAAAAGAUUAAAAAGAUAAA